CUUUGACUGCCCUCUCUCCGGCGUGCACGAUCACAACCGUUGUGAGCGCGCACGCACGCAGCCGUACGUGGAUCCGACCCAGCAAUAACAGUCCUGACGGGAUGAGCUCUAAACAUUUGACCCUGUGGAAGUAACCCUCCUAUCCCGAGGUAGGUGAUAGAAUGUGAGCGUGCGUGGAUCUCUCCAAGCGGGCUGCAUGAAGCCCCGGACGGUGUCAUGCGUCGUGCCCCGCAGCAGAGCGCGCACCCGCUGCGGCUCGCCGUCGUGCUCUUCCUGGUCUCCGCGGGGGUGCCCGCGUCCCCGCUGCUGUCGUCGGGCUGCCCGGACAGGUGCGUGUGCGACGACCAGCUGGUGGUCCAGUGCGCCGGGCAGCACCUGAGCCGCUUCCCGGCGGACCUGCCGCUGGCCACCCGGCAGCUCAUCAUCUCCGACAACCUCAUCGCGGAGCUCCCGCCCUUAGCCCUCAACUACCUCUCGGACCUGGUCUACCUGGACUGCAGCAACAACUCCCUGACCGAGGUCUCCCAGUCCACGUUCGGGAACCUAAGGAAGCUGGCCUAUCUCGACCUGUCCUUCAACACCCUGACCCGGAUCCAGGACAGGACCUUCGGCCCCCUGGCGAGCCUGAUCAUGUUGAGGAUGACGGACAACCCGCAGCUGUCCGACAUCCACCCGGACGCCUUCGCGGAAAAUCUCGCCCUGCAGGUUCUGGACGUGAGCAGGAACAAUUUGACGGAGCUGAACGUCACGUCGCUCGUUGCCCUGCCGGCCCUGCGCUCCCUGGGACUCAGCGGGAACCCCUGGAGCUGCGAGUGCGUCAUGGAGGAGCUCUGCCUGUGGGUGCACCUGGAGGGCUUCAAGUUCCAAGACGAGGGCCAGACCGUGUGCGCCUCCCCGGACGACCUGGAGGACCAUCGUCUCGGCGAGGUGGGGAUCCAACUACGGACUUUGUGUCACCCCACUCUGGGCUCCUGGGACUACCUUUUCUUCGUGAUCAUCGGCUUUGUCAUCUUUGCCGCGGGAACCGUGUCGGCCUGGGUCAUGGGGGUCAUCAUGGUGUUCUACGAGCGCUACAUCAAGAAGAAGGACGAGCAGCUGGAGCUGGACGAGGGGGACGAGGGGGGGAUGGGCCGGACUGCACGGGCCAGGAGUGACCACGGGGAUGCUUUGUUAAAACACACUGUAUAGGGGUUUUGGGCCUCUUUUUUUCCCACUUUGGAUCGUCACUGUGACAGUUUGGAAGUCUUUUGAUAGGUUGUUUGGGAAGUGCCUGACUGACAAGGAGGAUGUGAAUCAAGCCGGUUCCCUCUAAGCUUGUAUGACCAUUUAGGGUACAGCCAUUGUUGUGAACAAAUUGAUAACAUACCGUAUAUUUUGAGCGUCAGAUGGCGACCUACCUCGCAAACACUGCCAGAUCUGUCAAGGUACAAUCAAGAUGUCCCUUGUGGUACUCAUGGACCACAUAGGGCUUAUUGCUGGACUCCUGUAUAAAAUGUGUUGUACCUUUUCCAGGGCCCAAGAGCUACAUGCAUGUUUCAAAAUCUAUUUUUUAGGGUACCACACCAGCGACAAACUGUUAUCUGCUGUGAGAGAUUAGUACAAUCAAUCCAAAAAAAAAACCUACACUAUAUUGCCAAAAGUAUUUGGCCACCCAUCCAAAUGAUUAAAAAUCUGAUGUGCUAGGGCAGGGGUGUCAAACUCAAAUACAGAGUGGGCCAAAAUUUUAAACGGAACAAAGCCGCGGGCCAAGGUUGAACAAAUUAACAUUUUAAUAGGCACCCAAACAAGUUUUGCAUUAAAUAUUGAACA